GCUUCCACUUCCAGCUGCAAGAAGACAACGGGGACAUCCAUGCACGAACACCGAAAAGGCCACAGCAUUUAGGCGCGAGCUCACCCACGGAGGGAGAAAAGCAAAGGAGAUGGGGGUUGCGUCCAUGAGUUUGGAAGUCUAUUGUCCAAGUUGCUGAUGUUAGGGUUCUGGGGGUUUUCUAGCAAGCUUGAGAAUGCCACAAUUCUGUGAAGGAGAAACUAUGGAAGAAUGCCUUUUUGACGGCGACAAAGUGUUGUUGCCAACAAGCUUGGUUUGUCGGGCCGAUGUUUUCAAGGAUGUUUUGAGCUACGAAACAUGGAAGACCAAGUUGACUUCGGAUGAACGAGCCUCCUUGUCACAUCUCUUGCCCAAGGGAACUGCUAAAGAGCAAGAAAAGGCUUUACGUGAGCUUUUUAGUCGGAAAAAUGUCUUCUUUGGAAGCCCACUGGAUCGUUUCCAGGAGCAGCUGGCUGUGGGUGACUACAGUCCCGACGUCUGCAUGGCUAGGGAUCAAGCCAUCUCUGAUGACUACAAAGAUUAUCAGCAUCGCACAUGCACAUAUUUCCGUCGCCUUGUCGAGGAUCUGAUGGUAAAAAAAGAGUCCAUGGUAUCAUCUUUAUUGACACCAGGUGCGUCCAAGACUCCUACAAUCAUGCCAGCACAGCAACAGCACUUGGCUGUGUGCUCAUCGGCAGAUCUGAAGUAUCGCAAGAUGCUGAUGGAAUGUCGACAAGAAGCCAACGUGAAUGAAAUAUCAUCAGACGAAGAUGAGUUGGAGUACUUGACUGAAGUAUCAGGUACUGGUCGAGUGGUUGCAACGCCAGCACUCUCUGCACCUCGCACGCACGGAGAGGCCAGCCAGACGAACAGCACCAGCCACGAGGACCGAGGCGGCAGUGAUGCAGCCUGUCCGAUCAACGGCCUCUCUAGUGGCGCUGCUCCCUCCAUGUCAUCGCAGCUUGUUACCGAUGAGGACUACAUCAACAUGAUGAAGAGACACCGGAAACGGAGACACCGCCAGGACUGUCAUCCUGAAUUGAAUACGGAUGGUACAACGCUCAACGACAUUUUGGGACGCUGUCAAAUGGCAAAGAGACCGAAGCUAGCCACCAAGAAACAUUCUGUCAUCAUUCCGAAGAAAGCAUCCGCUGCUUCCAAGAACCUGCUGAAUGGCACUCUGAAGGGCAAGGUCAAAGGCAAGCCAGGCAAGAAAAGCACUAAGCAUCAACAGCAGACUCCUGCUGAAGUUACAGCGCUGGGUGCGCAUACUUCAUUCUUUGCUCUAGUCCGGCACCUGUUCAGUGGCUGUGCGGACUCCCGCACGUCCAUGCAUCGCCUGGAGGAGAAGAUUCUCAUCUGGCAGAACUCUGAUGCUGGGAUCAACUGCGACUGGGCGCUGGAGGAAGAGAGCUGGGUAGCCUUGGUACUACCCGCACUCAGAUAUCUUGCUGCUGAGGAUGGAGCCGUAUCAUCUUUCUCACCGCUGCCUGGGUUUGCACCGAUGACUGAUUUCAAGGAUCGCAUUCAGCAGUGGAAGUGGAUAGGUCACGGGCGAGAUUCGGACACAGCGCUCAAGGCACUGUGCGACCAUUUCCUAGCAACUCGCCGUGACAUUGUGGAACCUGACCUUGGCGAAAAGUCGCCGCCGCCACCACUAACUGUAACCGAUUACGUAGUGAGGGCUAGCACAAGGGAUGAGAAGGGUCAGUUCCAAUCUCAGGAGUCACGGCGCUAUGCAAAUGCUCACCGAUCAUUCACAUACCACAUGCAUGGGUUCUUCUCGGUGGUUGGGCCAGUCAAGGGAGUGUUCAACAAAGACUCUGGCCUCAGUAAGGCCAGAGAGCACCCGCUGCUGAUCUCUAAUCGACCAGCUUGUGUGACUAUCUUGUCUAUCGUACGCGACGCUGCAGCUCGACUGCCUAAUGGUGAAGGCACCCGUGCUGAGAUUUGUGUCCUGGUGCGUGACUCUCAGUACAUUGCCCCGUCAGCUACAGAUCAAUCGGUACAUACUGUGGUGAGUGGUGCUCUGGAUCGUCUCCACUAUGAGAAGGAUCCGUGUGUGCGGUAUGACAGUAACCGAAAGCUAUGGGUCUACCUGCAUAGGAACCGCUCUGAAGAAGAAUUCGAAAAACUGCACCAGGCAUCUGCGGCCGCGAUACGUGCCAAGAAGCAGCUUCUUCACAAGGCCAAGGGAAAGCCACUUACGGGAUCUGGCAACUACCCUGUUUCUGUGCCUCCCACCACAACCAAGUCUGGCAAGUUGCAUGGCAAUUCGAAGGCUGCCAAAGCUGCAGCAGCGGCGGCGGCCAACGCCUCCAAAGCUGCAGCUCUAUCAAAUCAUCGCAACUCUGCUAGCUCAACAGACAGCGCCGGCAACGGCUCACUGGUCAUCAGUGAGUCUCGUAGCAACCGCGAUAAGUUGCAGCACCAUCACCGUACGCCCGCCAUUGCUGCGGCUAUUGCCGCCGCUGGUGGCCAUGGCAAUGUCUCUCCCAGUCCUAGCAAUCUGAGCAGUGCAGCUGACAGCGACAGCAGUUCUACUGGCACCAGUGCUGCCUCCGGUAGUAGCAGUGGCAGCGACGACGACGACGACGAUGAUGAGGACAGCAGCAGUGGCUCAGGAGAAUCCGAUAGUGACGAUGCAAACAGUGGCGAUGAUGACGAGGAUGACGAUGCUGUUAGUGCAGGUAGUGAUGGUGAUGAUGACGACGACAACGAAGUCAGUGAUGAUGGUGACGAGGAUAGUAGCAGUGGUGAUGAAGAUGAUGACGAUGACGACGACGAUGACGACGACGACGAUGAUGAUGACUCUGAUGUCGACGCGGCAACUGAUUCAGAUGCUGCUAGUGGCGAUGAAGAUGAUGACGAUGACGACGAUGGGGAUGUGAGUGCAGAUGACGAUGAUGAUGACGACGACGAUGAUGAUGACGACGAUGACGCAGACGAUGAUAGUAAUGAUGAUGACGACGAUGAUGAUGACAGUGAUGUAGAUAGCGGUGAUGAUUCCAAACAACUGGACGACGACGAUGAGAAUUUGAGUGCAAGCAGCGAUGAAGGUGAUGGUAAUGGCCCUGACAGCGAAAUGUCUGCUGAUGAGAUGGAUGAUGAAGACGACGAGGAUGAAGAGGACGAAGAACCUAUGGAUGGCUGCUGAGCGUCUUGCGUGUCCUACGUGUCCUGCUUGCCCUGUAAGCCACUAGUAAUGUAGCUGCGAGAGUCACCGUCCAAAUCUAGCAUGACAUGUACGUAUAGAUCCAGCACAGUCUAUGUGUUGUGCUGUGCUAGAACUCUCAACGGCUCUGCGACCAUUCACGUUUCCACAUCACAUGCCUAGUUUGCACUUGACCAAUCCCAACUUUGUCAGUGCCAGUGCUGUAUUCCUCGAACUCAGUUUUAUACAAGGAAGAACGGUUGCCUUCCAAGAUUUCUACUUUCCGCCGUGUGCACCUUUUUUUCUCAUCAGCUUGAAAUGCCGUGUGGCUGCAUUCUUGUUUGUUGUAUUACCAUGCCGCCGUCGCAUUCUAUUUUGUGCCUGGACGGUGCAAGAGUAGCUUACACCCUCAUCCCAGCCACCACUGCCACAGGGCCAACUGGUCCGGUUAGUAGGCGCCGCCUAGACAAUGUUAUAAGGUUUUUUUUAAAGAAUGUGUAUUGUACGUUGCUAUGCCCUGUGUCAUGCGGUGCAUGUCCCAUCCAGCAGGUAUAUCUGUCAUAUGAAGCUGUCCUGCAUCCCACGCUGAUCCGUCCUGCCCCACCUAUAUUUUUGAAAUUACUCGUAUCUGUUGCCUCCUGUUCUAUGGUUUGUUCCUUUCCUUCAUAUCCACUCACAUGGUUUAUGUCCUCCUCCCCUUCACAGCCACUCGACCUCACUCGUUUUAUGGUCCAUGUUUUGUUUUAUCCUGCCAUGUCAUCACUCUGUGUUGCUGUUAAUUUAUUGUGGCAUGGAAUCCGCUUUUUAAUAAAUAAAAUAAAUAAACUAA